UUAACGUACUUUGAAAACGAACUUCCUGGGCUCACUUCCUGUUCGUGCGUCGUUUGUUUUCUGCAACUUCAGUGACUGAGAGCAGCAGUUUGGGAUGGAGAAGAUAGACUUGCCAGCCCCUGGUCCUGAUGAUCUUCCCCUGGCCCUGCUGGAGAUGGGCUGUUCAGGGAGGUUUGAGUUCCUCACACACCCACAGCCCAGACACACACCCUUCCCUGCACAGAGCACGCUUCCUCAUGGGCUUCCUCCAUUCAGUCUGGACCUGAAGAUGGAGGUAGAGAAACGUUUCCUGCGGGAUCCCGCGUGGAUGCCCAUACAUGAUACAACAGACGCCUUCCAGAAGUUUCUUAAACUGACUAAAAAGGACAGACAAGUGGACUCACUGUUGCAGUGUUCGUUGUCUCCUCUGCACUCGGGCCUGUCUGUAGUGAGAGAUCCCACCACUGGCAUGCUGUUGGAUUUCACAGAGGUGUUACUGGAGCACACCGGCUUGUCGGCGAAGAACUCUUUAUCCAUGCAACGGCAGCCUGGACCUCCAUCUGAGAGCCUGAGAGGCAGCAACACCAACUACCCCUUCCUACCAGGUGGUAUGGAGGAGCUGACGUUAGAGCAGAUAAAGGAAAAGUCCGAGUUGGAGGAGGACAUUGACUUUGAGAAUGAUUUACUGACGGUGCCUCCGGGGCUGAAAACCGGCAUGAACUUCAGUAACAAAGAAGCCAAAACUACAAAAGGAGACGUGAACCUGCUGUCCCUGCUAUCUACGUUUGAUGAUAUAAUCGAACCUGUGCCCGAGGAGAAAGAGAGAGGCUCAGGAAGUGCAGAGGAGUCCAAACUCCACAGAACGAACAGCCUCGAGGAUCUGGGCAUUAAGGACACGCUGCCAUCUCCUGCUCCCGCUGCAGCUUCACCGAGCAAGACAGACGGAGGAAUACAGAAAAGCAGGGAAGAGAAGAAGGAAAGGAAGUGGGCUGUGCCUGUGGACAUCAAAUCUCCAUGUGAGGAUUUCUACAAACGCAUCCCCGAUCCUGCUUUUAAGUAUCCGUUUGAGCUGGACGUGUUUCAGAAGCAGGCUAUCCUCAGGCUCGAGGCUCACGACUCGGUGUUUGUGGCUGCUCACACCUCGGCGGGCAAGACUGUGGUGGCCGAGUACGCCAUAGCGCUCUCGCAAAAACACAUGACCAGAACCAUCUACACGUCCCCCAUUAAAGCUUUGUCCAAUCAGAAAUUCCGCGACUUUAAGAACACAUUUGGUGACGUCGGGCUUUUGACUGGAGAUGUUCAGCUAAACCCUGAGGCCUCCUGUCUCAUCAUGACCACUGAAAUAUUGAGGUCUAUGUUGUAUAACGGAUCAGAGGUCAUUCGGGACCUGGAGUGGGUAAUAUUCGACGAGGUUCAUUACAUCAAUGAUGCAGAGCGGGGGGUUGUGUGGGAGGAAGUGCUCAUCAUGCUGCCUGAACAUGUUGGCAUUAUUUUGCUCAGUGCUACAGUGCCCAAUGCAGUGGAGUUCAGCGAAUGGAUCGGGCGUAUCAAGAAGAGGCCGAUCUACGUGGUCAGUACGGUGAAGAGGCCGGUGCCACUUGAGCACUUCCUCUACACAGGGAACAGCACCAAGACCCAGAAAGAGCUCUUCCUCCUGCUGGAUGCUACUGGAGCUUUCCUCACCAAAGGGUACUACGCAGCUGUGGAGGCUAAAAAGGAGCGCACCAGUAAACAUGCCCAGUCUUUUGGUACGAAGAAGGCAUCACAGAACACCACACCAAAUCAGGACCGGGCCAUAUGGCAGACGCUGCUCAACUUCCUGUCAGAGAGGCAGCAGACUCCGGUGGUGGCGUUCACCUUCUCGCGCACACGCUGUGACGACAACGCUCGCUCGCUCACCUCUCUGGACCUGACCAGCUCGGUGGAGAAGAACGAGAUCCACUCCUUCUUCCAUAAGAGUCUGAGCAGGCUGAGAGGAGGAGACCGACAGCUCCCUCAGGUCCUGCUGAUGAGGGACUUGCUGAAGAGAGGCGUUGCCGUGCACCACAGCGGCAUCCUGCCGAUCCUGAAGGAGGUCAUCGAAAUGCUUUUCUCUAGAGGCCUUGUAAAAGUUCUAUUCGCCACCGAAACGUUUGCGAUGGGUGUGAACAUGCCGGCCAGGACCGUGGUGUUCGACAGCAUCCGCAAACACGAUGGAACUGGAUUCAGAAACCUUCAUCCUGGUGAGUACAUACAGAUGGCGGGGAGAGCAGGCAGAAGAGGCCUGGAUGCUACAGGCACGGUCAUCAUCCUCUGCAAGACUGGAGUUCACGAAAUGGCGGACCUGCACACCAUGAUGCUGGGAAAGCCGACGUUGCUGCAGUCCCAGUUCAGGCUGACUUACACCAUGAUCCUCAACCUGCUGCGAGUCGAGGCCCUCCGAGUCACCGACAUGAUGCGCAGGAGCUUCUCCGAGAACCACAGGGACACGCAGACUAAUGAGAGGAGGAUAUCCGAGUUGAAAAGUGAGCUUUCCUCUCUCCCACCUCUUGACACAGAGGGUCAGUUAUCUGAUCUGCUCUCAUAUUACCACACUUUGACAGAGCUACGCAUUACAACAGAAGCCCUGCAGCAAGCAGUGAUGGAGUCGGUGAACGGAAUGAAGGCCUUGUCAGUGGGACGGGUCGUCCUGGUCAACAACGCUCAGCACUUCAACGCCCUGGCUGUCCUCUUACAGGUGUCCACUGACUCGGUGAAUCGGACGUUCACUGCCCUCAUCAUUUGUGAGAAAGGCAACGAAGAAGCAGCAGGACCCGUUCAGAACAACCGGGUGUUCACACACCUUCACGACACCAGCCUUUUCACCCCAGAGGGUCCCUGCAGUCACACGGUGCAGAAGCUGAAGCCGCAGGACAUUUCUGCAAUCACAGUUAAGACCCUGAAAGUCAUCCCAGAGAGGAUUAUCGAUAACUAUAACAAGAGACAACAGCCCCGCUUCAGACUGGAUCCACCUGGUCAAGCCAUUUCCACUGCAACUCAGGAGCUCCUGCGAUUGGCCGAGGCCAACCAGAACGGCAUCGCGACCCUCGACCCCGUGAAUGACCUCCACCUGAAGGGUGUGGAUGUGGUGGAGGGUGUGAUGAGGCAGCGAGUCCUUCAGGACAGCCUCAAAGACUUCCACUGCACCCACUCACCCACCUUCACAGAGCAGUUUGCACGUGUGCAGGAGCGGAUGAAACUGCAGGAAGAGCUGGACAAACUGCUGUACUUGAUCUCGGAUCAGUCACUGACUCUGCUGCCUGAGUACCACCAGAGGAUUAAGGUCCUGGAGGCUCUGAACUACAUCGACGGUAGCGGAGCGGUGCAGCUGAAGGGUCGAGUGGCAUGUCAGAUCAGCAGUCAUGAGCUCCUUCUCACAGAGCUGCUGUUUGAGAACACGCUGAGUCCUCUGGCCCCGGAGGAGAGCGCCGCCCUGCUGUCCUGCCUCGUGUUCACACAGAACACUCAGAUAGAACCGCACAUCCCCAACACAAUCCAAGAGGCGAUCGAUCGGGUGCUGGGCGUGGCUCAGCGUAUCGGGGAGCUACAGCGCGACUGCGGCCUCGCUCAGACCACCGAAGACUUCGUGUCCCAGCUUAAGUUUGGCCUGACUGAGGUGGUGUACUGCUGGGCCAGAGGAAUGCCCUUUGCGGAGAUCGCCCAGCUGACAGACGUGCAGGAAGGGACGGUGGUGCGCUGCAUUCAGAGACUGGACGAAGUCCUGAAGGAGGUUAGACAAGCGGCCCGAAUCGUAGGUGAUUCGGUUUUGGGCAGCAAGAUGGAGAGAGCAUCGCUGGCCAUUCGCAGAGACAUUGUCUUCACGGCGUCUCUUUACACGCACUGAGCGAGUGCGUGCUUCAGGGAUGGCUGUGUGUGUGUGUUUACAUAAAGAUCCACAUGCACUGUUGAAGGAGAAACGGAGAAAAGAAGAAAAUCGUUUUCCAUCUGUACUUAUUAAAGAUGGCACCUCAGAGCAACGAAGACAGCUGAAGAUGAAGACUAAAUCCAUAUGAUUACAGGUUUGAAGUGGGUCCAGACAUGUUUACAUUUUGUAUGUGUCUGUCUGUGAUAGAGUAACGCAGUGAUGUCUGAUGAAUUGGAAGUCAAAGACAAAGCCGGUCAUGGCCUGUAAUUUAUUGUACAGUAUUAAAACCCACUGUAUCUAAAAGGAGCGAUUAGUCCUCUCCACAGCACUACAUGUCAACUCUAGUAAAACGAAUACAGCUAGGUGACGGGGCUCCUAAUGAACAUUACACGGACUGUCUUAUAAAGUGAAAUCUCACUUUAAAAAAAUAAAUAAAUAAAAAAAAGACAGUGAUUUAAGGAUGCAACUGAAAUUGAUUAUUCAUGAAUUUACAGCACACGAUAUUCUCUGUCAUGACAGUGCAGUAGAAAUUGCUCUUAAGCCUUCUAAACUAGCACUUUCUCUGAUCACGUAGCAGCUUUUCACAGAACGCCCUGCAACACAAAUCCAUCGGUGUAGCGUAACGUUACGCUCGGAUCGAUUUCGCAAUUCCUCGUCGUCACACUUUACUUCCAUACCUAGUACACCGUCACACUCCUAAUAAUCAUGUUAUUCAUCAUCGUUUUUUUUUUUUUCUUUCGUACAGCAAUAUUCUUGGCCGGCGAAACAGUCCGAGACGUGCUAGCUCGUCUCUGUCAACAUCAAUAUGCAUUUAGAUGAGCUGUAUUAUAAUUGUCAGAUCACAGAUGCAUGUAGUGUGCAUGUUUGCUGACUCCCCCCGCUUUCGGCAGAGAUUCUUUUCUGAAAUUGAAAUCUUUUUUUUUUUUUUGAAAGCAGCUGUAACCCACUAAUGUUCCUAGACAGUAUAUCGGCGAGCUAACGUGACUUCACUCAAUACUAGACAAGUUAAUUUCAAUAAACCUUUUACAAGAAUACACAUGAA